AAGUAAUGGCACAAAUGCAGAAUCACAUUUGCUAUAUCUCCAAUUAUACUUUCUCUCUCUAUCUUUCUAGUCCGAGAAGAGUUAUGGCUAGCAAAGCUCAUGAGUCAGGUUCGAGGCACCACGAGAGUCGACGUUCCUCUACUGAUUCCAGGCAUCAUGAUAAUUCCAGAUACCACGACAGACAACCUUCAUCAAAAUCUACUCAUUCAAAGCAUCAUGAUACUCAACAUUCCUCAUCAAGAUCUAAUGGUUCAAAGCAUCAUGAGAGUCAACAUUCAUCAAGAUCUGAUAGUUCCAGGCACCAUGUGACUCAACAUUCUUCAAGAUCUAAUGGUUCAAAGCAUCAUGAGAGUCAACAUUCAUCAAGAUCUAGUGCUUCCAGGUAUCAUGAAAGUCAACAUUCAUCAAGACCUGAUAGUUCGAGAUACCAUGAGAGUCAAUAUUCAAGUCAACAUUCAUCGAGAACAGGUGGUUCUAGAUGCCAUGAGAGUCAACAUUCAUCAAGGCACCAUGAGAGUCAAUAUUCAUCCAUGAGGCAUCAGGAGGGUCAAUAUAGUUCAAGAUAUCAUGAAAAUCAAAAUUCAUCAAGACUUAGUAGAUCAUACAGUUCAGUGCUACAAGGGAGCCAAAGCUCAUCCUCUUCUAUAAAAAAAGACACGGGAAUUAAGAAGAACCAGAUUGUUCUUCCCGACCGUUUCCAUGAACAUGCUUUAACGAUGAUGUCAGCCGCCAGAGAGCCAUUUAGAUGCAGUGGAUGUAAGGAACAAGGGUUUGGACGAAGUUACCGAUGUGAAAACAAAGGUUGCAGGUAUGUCCUCCAUGAAGAAUGUGCAAACGCUGUUCUUCACCGUAAAAACCACGUAAGUCAUUCAUUUUUCGAAGGACAAGAAUUCUGGUUCCUAGAGAAACCCCUUGGGUAUCCUAGAGUUUGUGAUGCUUGUAGAAUGGACGUGCGAGGCUUUGUGUAUCAUCGCAAAGCUACAAAAGAUGUCUACGACACAGGCUUGGAUUUGCAUCCAUGUUGUUUGAAGCUAAGAUACAAGAUUUCUUAUAACGAUUCAAAUGCAACAAAGACACUCACAUUGCGAAGAAAUGUUGAGAAAAAGUGUGUCAAAUGCAAGAGUCGUAAAGUUGGGGACGAUAGCAAAGUUAAAGGGUGGUCAUAUUUAACUUCCGAUGGAGAUUGCUUUCAUGUUUCUUGUUUUAAGGAAUUGUUUCUUGAGAAAAUCAGAGAUGACUAUUUCUCGGAAAAGAAGAUUGUAGUGUCAAAAAUGCAGAGCAAUGUUGUUGAGAGUAAUAUGAAAGUUGUGAAAGUUGGAGGAGGAUCAUCAAAUAAUUCAAAAGGAUCUUCAUCACUAGCUAAGAUAGUAGUGGUAAAGAUAGCACCAGUGGUAGUCAAGUUAAUAUUUUCAGCUAUUUUUGGAGAUCCUGUUUCUUUUGUUCUUGCUCUAGUGGAAGCCCUAGUUACUUCUUUUAAUUAAGGGUAAAGUACUAAAUUGGUCCCCUAUGUUUGGGUGUAAUUCUGUUUUGGUCCUUAAGGUUUAAAGUGUUCUAUUUGAAUCCAAAAAAGUUUCAUUUAGCA